CUGUAGUGAAGACAGAUCAUGACAACUGGUGCAUCAAAUCACGGUCCGACGUCGCCCUCGUGUGCUUAAUCAAGAUGUGUCAGACAACGAGCUGCAGUUUCAAAGAUCAAGGAAACGCGGAAUAUAAGAAGGGGAAAUGGCUCAAAGCUGCUGGUCUCUACACCAAGGGCAUCAAGGAGGACCCAGACUCUGCCGUUCUGUACUCUAACAGAUCUGCAGCUCUCUUACAACUAAAAAAGGCGGCAAAAGCGCUCGAAGAUGCAGAAGACUGCAUACGUCGGAGGCCAGACUGGGAAAAGGGGCACUUUCGAAAGGGCUUAGCUUUGGAGCUGCAAGGGGCUUAUACUGAGGCACUCCAGGCGGUGGAAGCCGCACUAAAAUGCAAUGCACAGAAUGCUGAGAUGGCAAAGAAAGCCCGAGAGCUCAAGAAAGUGAUAAACUCAUCAAAGCCAAAUGCCAAGAAAGACAAAGAAAAUCAGGAGAAAAACAAGUCGGUGAACGGCAACAGUGGCGUUGAGAUGAAAAGUCAGGGAAACAAACAGGCUGCACCGCUGGGCGCAAAACAAGUGCACCCGUCUGGACAACUCAAUGCAGACACUGCAGAAUUUCAGAGGGAAUGCUUAGCCCUGGCCUUGGACGCUGACACGCUGGAGCCAUCCGUCUACUUCCUUGGGCCGCCAUCUACAGAUCUGGAGUCCAGCAUGAGCCAGGUAAAGGUCAAGGAAGCUUUCCAGUCGCCAGAGAUGCUGCAGAACUGCCUGGGGUUCCUGAGGCAGUACGCCAGCGAGAAGAGCGCUCUUGCAGCCUGUGCCAUCGUACCACUCCAGGACGUUGCAUACCCACAGGUGUGGAAGCUGCGGGGCUGGCCCCUGGGGGAUGUGAAAGGAGCACUGGUGCAACUGGACACACCCAAAGAGCGCAGGCUGUGUUUCCUGCCUGCUGAUGCGCAGGACGUGGCAGCUGCAGUGCCACUCGGUGAAGACUUCAAGGUCCUAGAGCCACUAUUUCGAUGAAUGAUCCAUGUACGCAAAAGCACAUUUCAUAAUGUAUGUGUCUGCUUUCUUUGAACGUCUGCUGUACUGAUGUGAUCAGGGCAGCGAGCAUUGCGACAUCUUGUUAUUUCACAUUGCAUUGAAUGUUGAACGUUCCUAUUUAGCAAGCAAUUGUCCAUUGCUUAUGUCAUUGAACUGCUUGGGCUAAUAGACAAGGAGUUGCUUGUCGCCUCCUGCAUCAAUGCAGCUCGAAUUGCAUGCUGCGAUCUGUUCUACAGGACGCACACUCAUCUCCAUCGUCUCCCUCACCAUCCCUUUCCUCUGAGACAGUGCCUGCAUGAAGUAAGGCAUCCCGUGGCAAAUCGGCCGAUGCAUACUAACUGACGAUGACUGUAAUUAUUUGUGUGUCG